CUGACUGGCACGGUGGAGGAGAUCCUCAACGUGGACCCGGUGCAGCACACAUAUUCCUGCAAGGUUCGGGUGUGGCGGUACUUGAAGGGCAAAGAUGUGGUGGCCCAGGAAAGCCUGCUGGAUGGUGGCAACAAGGUGGUGAUUGGCGGCUUUGGAGAUCCCCUCAUCUGUGACAACCAGGUGUCUACUGGGGACACCAGGAUCUUCUUUGUGAACCCUGCACCCCCGUACAUGUGGCCAGCCCACAAGAACGAGCUGAUGCUCAACUCCAGCCUCAUGCGGAUCACUCUGCGGAACCUGGAGGAGGUGGAGUUCUGUGUAGAAGACAAACCUGGGACCCACUUCACACCAGCCCCUCCGACGCCUCCUGAUGCAUGUCGAGGGAUGCUGUGUGGCUUCGGUGCUGUAUGUGAGCCAAGUGCAGAGGGGCCAGGCCGGGCCUCCUGCGUGUGCAAGAAGAACGCCUGCCCCAAUGUGGUAGCCCCUGUGUGCGGCUCAGAUGCCUCCACGUACAGCAACGAGUGCGAGCUGCAGCGUGCACAGUGCAGCCAGCAGCGGCGCAUCCGCCUGCUUAGCCGUGGGCCCUGCGGGUCGCGGGACCCCUGCUCCAACGUGACCUGCAGUUUCGGCAGCACCUGUGCACGCUCUGCCGAUGGGCAGUCAGCCUCGUGCUUGUGUCCUGCUACCUGCCGGGAGGCCCCUGAGAGCACUGUGUGCGGCAGCGAUGGUUCCGACUACCCUAGCGAAUGCGAGCUCCUGCGCCACGCCUGCGCCCGCCAGGAGAACAUCUUCAAGAAGUUUGAUGGCCCCUGUGACCCCUGCCAGAGUGCUAUCACUGACAUGAGCCGGGGCUGCCGUGUGAACCCACGCACACGGCGCCUGGAGAUCCUCCUGUCACCAGAGAGCUGCCCUUCCCAGAAGGACCCUGUGUGCGGGGACGAUGGGGUCACCUAUGAAAACGAUUGCAUUAUGGGACGUACAGGGGCCACCCGUGGCCUCCUUCUCCAGAAAGUGCGCUCUGGCCAGUGCCAGCCUCGAGACCAGUGUCCGGAGGCGUGCCGGUUCAAUGCUGUGUGCCUGUCCCGCCGUGGCCGCCCCCGUUGCUCCUGUGACCGUGUCACAUGCGAUGGGGCUUACAGGCCUGUGUGUGCCCAGGAUGGGCACACAUAUGACAACGACUGUUGGCGCCAGCAAGCUGAGUGUCGGCAGCAGCGUGCCAUUCCUGCCAAGCACCAGGGCCCAUGUGACCAGGCCCCAUCUCCCUGCCGCGGGGUGCAGUGCACCUUGGGGGCGACGUGUGCAGUGAAGAAUGGGGAAGCUGUGUGUGAGUGCCAGCAGGUAUGCACCGGUGUCUACGAUCCUGUGUGUGGCAGCGACGGGGUCACAUAUGGCAGCGUGUGCGAGCUGGAGGCCACAGCCUGCACCCUUGGGCGGGAGAUCCGAGUGGCACGCAGAGGACCCUGUGACCGCUGUGGGCAAUGCCGCUUUGGAGCCCUGUGCGAAGCUGAAACCGGGCGCUGUGUGUGUCCCUCUGAAUGUGUGGCCUCAGCCCAACCUGUGUGUGGUUCCGAUGGCCACACAUAUGCCAGUGAGUGCGAACUGCACGUCCACGCCUGCACACACCAGAUCAGCCUGCACGUGGCUUCAGUUGGACACUGCCAGACCUGUGGAGACACAGUGUGUGCCUUUGGGGCUGUAUGUUCAGCGGGGCAGUGUGUGUGUCCGCGGUGUGAGCAUCCCCCACCCGGCCCCGUGUGUGGUAGUGAUGGUGUCACCUACCGCAGUACAUGUGAGCUACAGGAAGCUGCCUGCCAGCAGCAGAUGCAAAUCGAGGAGGUCCGGGCAGGACCAUGUGAGCAAGCUGAGUGUGGCUCGGGAGGCUCUGGCUCUGGGGAGGAUGGCGAAUGUGAACAGGAGCUGUGCCGGCUGCAUGGUGGGGUCUGGGAUGAGGACUCAGAGGAUGGGCCAUGCGUCUGUGACUUCAGCUGCCAGAGUGUUCUGAGGAGCCCGGUGUGCGGUUCAGAUGGACUCACUUACAGCACUGAGUGUGACCUGAAGAAGGCCAGGUGUGAGUCCCAGCAAGAACUGUAUGUGGUGGCUCAGGGAGCCUGCCGAGGACCGACUUUGGCCCCACUGCCACCCGUGACCCCCUUGCACUGUGCCCAGACGCCCUAUGGCUGCUGCCAGGACAACAUCACUGCUGCCCAGGGUGUGGGCCUGGCCGGCUGUCCCAGUAUGUGCCAUUGCAACCCACACGGCUCCUAUGGCAGCACGUGUGACCCGGCCUCAGGCCAAUGCUCCUGCCGCCCAGGUGUGGGGGGCCUCAAAUGUGACCGCUGUGAGCCUGGCUUCUGGAACUUCCGUGGCAUUGUCACAGAUGGCCGGAGCGGCUGCACCCCUUGCAGCUGUGACCCCCGGGGCGCUGUGCGGGAUGACUGCGAGCAGAUGACUGGGCUGUGCUCCUGCAAGCCAGGGGUGGCUGGUCCCAAAUGUGGGCAGUGUCCAGAUGGCCGUGCCCUGGGCCCCUCUGGCUGUGAAGCAGGCUCCUCGGUGCCUAAGACCUGUGCUGAGAUGCUCUGUGAGUUUGGCGCAUCCUGUGUGGAGGAAGCUGGCUCUGCCCACUGUGUCUGCCCAACUCUCACAUGUCCGGAGGCCAAUGCUACCAAGGUCUGUGGGUCCGACGGAGUCACCUACGGCAACAAGUGCCAGCUGAAGACCAUCGCCUGUCGCCAGGGCCUGGACAUCUCUAUCCAGAGCCUUGGCCCGUGCCAGGAGGCUGUUGCUCCUGGUGCCCACCCAACGUACACAUCUGUGACCAUCCCAGAGCUCUUCCCGAGCGAGGCACUGCCAGCUCCUCCCAGCGCCCUGCCCCUGGCUCCUGGCACUACUCCUCGCAGCCAAUCCACUCCCUCACCUUCACCACGGCUUUGGACCACUGCCAGCAUCCCCAAGACCACUGCACGGCCCGUGCUGACCAUGCCCCCCACGACACCCCCCACUGCAGCCAGCCUUGCCACAUCUGCCUUUGGUGAAUCUGGCAGCGCAGAUGGGAGCGGCGACGAGGAGCUGAGUGGGGACCAAGAGGCCAGUGGGGGAGGCUCUGGGGGACUCGAGCCCCCUGAGGGUAGCAUUGUGGUGACCCCUGGGCCACCCAUCGAGAGAGCUUCCUGCUACAACUCGCCUUUGGGCUGCUGCUCGGAUGGCAAGACACCCUCAGUGGAUACAGAGGGCUCCAACUGUCCUGCCACCAAGGCGUUCCAGGGUGUGCUGGAGCUCGAGGGGGUCGAGGGGCAGGACCUGUUCUACACACCAGAGAUGGCUGACCCCAAGUCAGAGCUGUUUGGGGAGACUGCCAGGAGCAUCGAGAGCGCGCUGGAUGACCUUUUCCGCAAUUCAGACGUCAAGAAGGAUUUUCGGAGUGUCCGCCUGAGGGACCUGGGGCCUGGCAGAUCGGUCCGUGCCAUUGUGGAUGUGCACUUUGAUCCCUCCACAACCUUCAGGGCUCCCGAUGUGGGCCGGGCCCUGCUCCGGCAGAUACAGGCAUCCAGGCGCCGGUCCCUGGGGGUGAGGCGGCCGCUUCAGGAGCACGUGCGGUUCAUGGACUUCGACUGGUUUCCUGAAUUCUUCACGGGAGCCACAACAGGAGCUACCGCAGCCCUGGCCACAGCCAGAGCCACCACUGUGUCCCGCCUGCCCUCUGCUGUGACCCCUCGGGCCCUGUAUCCCAGUCCCACAAGCCGCCCCAUUGGCAGGACCACAGCACUCCCCACCACACGUCGACCGCCCACUACUGCCCCCAGCCGGGUGCCUGGACGCCGGCCUCUGCCCCUAGGCCCUCAGCAGUCUUCAAGACCCUGCGACUCCCAGCCCUGCCUCCAUGGGGGCACCUGUCAGGAUCAGGGCAGGGAUUUCACCUGUAGCUGCCCCGAGGGCAGGGGAGGCGUAGUCUGUGAGAAAGCGUCACUCCCCUCUGUGCCAGCUUUUGGGGGCCACUCCUUCAUGGCCUUCCCCACCCUCCGAGCCUACCACACACUGCGCCUGGCGCUGGAAUUCCGGACCCUGGAGCCUCAGGGGCUGCUGCUGUACAACGGCAAUGCCCGGGGCAAGGACUUCCUGGCCCUGGCACUGCUGGGCAGCCACGUGCAGCUCAGGUUUGACACAGGGUCUGGGCCCGCGGUGCUGACCAGCUCAGUGUCCGUAGAGCCUGGCCGGUGGCACCGCCUGGAACUGUCACGGCAUUGGCGCCGGGGUUCACUCUCAGUGGAUGGUGAGACCCCCGUUCUGGGCGAGAGCCCCAGUGGCACUGAUGGCCUCAAUCUGGACACAGACCUCUUUGUGGGUGGCGUCCCAGAGGACCAGGCAGCCGUGGUGCUCGAGCGGACUGCUGUGGGCGUUGGUUUGAAGGGCUGCAUCCGCCUGCUGGAUGUCAACAACCAGCGGCUGGAGCUCAGCAGCUGGCAGGGUGCCGCAUCCCGAAGCUCCAAUGUGGGCGAGUGUGGGGACCACCCCUGCCUGCCCAACCCAUGCCAUGGCGGGGCCCCAUGCCAGGCGCUGGAGGCCAGCAUGUUCCACUGUCAGUGCCCACCCGGCCGCUUUGGCCCGACCUGUGCUGAUGAGCAGAGUCCUUGCCAACCAAACCCCUGCCAUGGGGCAGCCCCCUGCCACAUACUGCCCGAGGGCAGGGCCAAGUGUGAAUGCCCUCCAGGACGUGGGGGUGCCCUCUGCCAGACAGCCUCAGAGCCGGAUGAUACGCGACCCUUCUUGGCUGACUUCAAUGGCUUUUCCUACUUGGAGCUGAAAGGCUUACACACCUUUGAGAGGGACUUGGGGGAGAAGAUGGCGCUGGAGGUGGUGUUCCUGGCUCGUGGCCCUAGCGGCUUGCUCCUCUAUAAUGGGCAGAAGACAGAUGGCAAGGGGGACUUUGUGUCACUGGCACUGCACGACCGUCGCCUGGAAUUCCGCUAUGACCUUGGCAAGGGGGCAGCAGUCAUUAGGAGCAAGGAGCUGGUGGCCCUGGGCACCUGGACCAGGGUCUCACUGGAGCGAAAUGGCCGCAAGGGUGCCAUGCGUGUUGGUGAUGGGCCCCGUGUGCUGGGGGAGUCCCCGAAAUCCCGAAAGGUGCCCCACACCAUCCUCAACCUGAAGGAGCCGCUAUAUGUCGGGGGGGCCCCUGACUUCAGCAAGCUGGCCCGGGCAGCCAUGGUGUCCUCAGGCUUUGACGGCGCCAUCCAGCUGGUCUCCCUGAGCGGACGCCAGCUCUUGACCCAGGAGCAUGUGCUGCGGGCAGUGGACGUCUCAUCCUUUAUGGACCACCCUUGUACCCGGGUCUCAGGCCACCCCUGCCUCAACGGGGCCUCAUGUCUCCCGAGAGAGGCCACCUACGAGUGCCUGUGUCCCGGGGGCUUCUCGGGGCUGCACUGCGAGAAGGGGCUGGUUGAGAAGUCGGCAGGAGACCUAGACACACUGGCCUUCGAUGGAAAGACCUACGUCGAGUACCUCAAUGCCGUGACUGAGAGCGAACUGACCAAUGAGAUCCCAGCCCCCGAAACUCUGGAUUCCGGGGCCCCUCACAGUGAGAAGGCGCUGCAGAGCAAUCACUUUGAGUUGAGCCUGCGCACCGAGGCCACACAGGGGCUAGUGCUAUGGAUUGGCAAGGCCACAGAGCGGGCGGACUAUGUGGCGCUGGCCAUCGUGGACGGGCGCCUGCAGCUGAGCUACGACCUGGGCUCCCAGCCCGUGGUGCUGCGCUCUACUGUGCCGGUCAACACCAACCGCUGGUUGCGGGUCAGGGCACACAGGGAGCAGAGAGAAGGUUCCCUUCAGGUGGGCAACGAGGCCCCCGUGACUGGCUCCUCACCACUGGGUGCCACACAGUUGGACACAGAUGGAGCCCUGUGGCUCGGGGGCCUGCAGAAGCUGCCCGUGGGCCAGACCCUGCCCAAGGCCUAUGGCACAGGCUUCGUGGGCUGCCUGCGGGACGUGGUGGUAGGCCAGCGUCCACUGCACUUGCUGGAGGAUGCUGUCACCAAACCAGAGCUGCGGCCCUGCACCACCCCAUGAGUCACUCCAGAGCCCACAUCCACCCUGCUGUAAUUAUUUUCUAUUUUUGUAAACUUGUUGCUUUUUGAUAUGAUUUUCUUGCCUGCGUGUUGGCCGGAGGGACUGCUGGCCCGGCCUCCCUUCCGUCCAGGCAGCCGUGCUGCAGAGACAAACCCGGUGCCAAGGGACUUGUGGAGGUGAUGUGGCAGCAACAGGGCAGCAUGGAGGGCUUGGCUCACAUGGAAGCCUCAGGACGUGCCCCUCUGCCUCAGGGCACCAAGUCUCAGCCCUUUGCACCGUGGGUCCCCCGUGUGUCUACCUGUGUUGGUCCCUCGUGUCCCCCCAGCCUGUUGGCCGAACCUGCUCCCAAGUCACCUACGUUCCAUCUGACCAGGCCUGCAUCCCAGAGUGGUAAGGGGAUACUGGGGCUUGGUGGGAAUCCUUCCUCUGGGCAAGCCCCAAAGGGCCUUUUUAGGUUCCCAUUUACGCUGCUUCUCCGUCCUAGGUGUGCUGUGGGCUGUAGCUGGCCUGGACUCCAAGGCUUGGCCCUGCCUGGCCUCCUGUGCCAAUACUGUGACUUAGAGACAAUGUUACUGUUGGGGCCACGCUCCACCCCUCCCCUGAGCUGCUCUCCCCUGUGCCAGUGUGCUGGAGAGCAGAGGCCAGGCCCAGGCUCGUCUGGGGCACCCCGAACCUCAGUUGGCUCCACCCAGCCACCCUGGACAUAGCUGUGCUCCUCCCACACAUCCCAGGCCCAUUGCCUGCCCAGGUAUCUGGGCCUGGACACCAACCAUAUUCUUCAUGCAUUGAUUUUAUUUGGCGCCUGGGGCAGCAGGGCUGUCAUCUUUCUUUUCCUGGCUGGUAGCAACUGAGGGCUCCCUUUACAGCAAACCCUUACUCCAGUUCCAGGAUGAGGAGUGGUCACGCUUGUCUGAGAACGGUCAGGGGCUGGCUUGGUGCCUGACUAAGACCAAGGGGCUGGUGCAGGAGCAGCAGAGAUGGCUGCAUAAGCCAGAAAUGCCUUAAACUGCAGCGUUCCUACCUGUCCUGUCUCCCAUAGGCCCCAGCCUCCAUCCCCGGUCCAGUCUUCCUGGGAGCUAAACCAGAGAAAGCUGGGGUUAGGGGGUUGGUGCAGAGGCUGGAGGGAGCCGCAUGGCGUCACGUUACUAACUCCAGUCUGUGUCUGUGUCCAUCACCCACUGUGAAAUAAAGUCUGAAAACCUUCUAA